AUGCAUUUUCUAUUUAUAUUCUUCUCUUGUGUUAUUUUAUUUCAAGUUGACGUUUUUGCUCAAUUAAGUUCAAGCUCUUGUUCUCUUCUGCGUACAGUUGAUAGUCUAACGACUAUACUACCAGAAAUUGCUCAACUUGCUAUGCGUUAUUAUCGUGCUGUAUCAUUUCCAACUGAACAUCAUCGACAAAAACGAUUUUUAUUUAAUGAAAAUAUAAGAAAAAAUGGUACUGCUAGUAGUACUAGUCGUGCUAAAGGUCGCAUAAUCGAACAAAUGAUUGCUAAUACAGUACAAGAUGUUAAUUUUACUAAUGUUGCAAUCUCAAUAUUAAAUAAUAAUGAAACAAUGAAUAAACUUCGAAAAAAUAUUGAUAAUGAAGCAAUUAUUCGUGUAAUUUUGCAUGAAAUUGAUUAUAAAAAAUUAGGUAGUGGUAUAUGGUCUGCUGCUGAAAAUAAUUUUGAUUUAGAACAUUUUAUUGCCAGUGUUAUUAAUAUAACUCGUAUUGAUAGAAUUCAUAGUGAACUUAUUAUCAAUGGUACUUUACCUGAAUGGCUUUUGGAAAGUAUUCAUCCGAAUUUAAAUAGUCAAAAAGUUCAACAAAUAUUUUCAAUAUUAAAAAAUGUUACUCAUAAAUUUGUACGAGUUUUAAGCAAAUCAGAACGAUUUGAUAAUUAUUUAUUUAAUAUGAUAACACAACAAGCUUUAAAACCAUUGAAUAAUAUUAUUCAAGGUGUACAAGAAUCUAAACCAAAAACAUUUAAUCAAUUAAUUGAAAUUAUUAUUAAUAACGUAAAUCAAGUAGCUAUGGAACAAAUCACAAUAACUACAAAACAAACAACAAUGAAAGUAUCUGAGAAGAAAUCGACAACAUCGACUAUUGCAACAGUAGAUCUUAAUGAUAGUAAUGAUGUCAAAUUGAUGCUUUAUCAAUGGUCCAUUGCUCUCGAUUCUAUGGGACAAACAGUUCGAAUUAUAUUAAAAUCACUUGAAAGACUUUAUUGUGCAUCUUUAUGGGAAUAA